AUAGAGAUUAUAAAUCAAAGCAUCCCCAACAGGCAAACAGCACACGACACAAGCAUCCACCCACCUCACCUCCUCAUCAUCGUCAUAAAAAUACACGUAUUUUCAUUAUUUGGAUCUUUUUAUUCUUUCUCUGACCACAAAUGGCCAUUAGAAACCAUAAGAAUACAGUCUUUAUCAGAGCCGCCCCAUAAAGAAAGCUUUUUGAGCUUGGGUUUUGGUGGAUUAGGUACUUAAGACAUCAACACUAAUUUUCCUUUUGGACUGUGUGUGUGUAUGUGCGUGAAUUAGAGAGAUGGAGAUGAUGUAUUUGCAGCUGGGCACGUCCUCCUACCAGGAGUCCCUUAAAGUUAUAGAGGCUGAUAUACAACAUGCUAAUGCCUUGGCUGCUGCAAUUCCAAGAGGCAAGAGUGGUGCACGCCUUCAGAUGAAAUUAGUAUACAAUCAAUGGACUCCUCUCUUUCUUUUCCUGUUACAACGGUUAAGUUGUUCUUGCAUAUGUCUACUCCCCAGAUACCUAAAUCUCUUUCACAUACUUAUAUAUAAGGUAUAUGCAGAUAGUAGACCAAAAUUAUCUACUCAUGGAAGGAAAGCAACAAUUAAAGAUUUCUAUGGUGUUAUAUUACCAUCUCUUCAACGGCUUCAUAGUAACUUGGAGGAGUUGGAUGAUGUUAAGGAAUGGUAUAUGGAAAUGGAGAGUUUGGAGAAAAAUAGUGUGGAAGGAGAUAUUAGGCUUUCCAAUUUUGAUAUAGAGAGAGAAGAUGAAUGUGGAAUUUGCUUGGAGCCUUGCACCAAAAUGGUCAUGCCUAAUUGUUGUCAUGCAAUGUGCAUCAAAUGCUACCGCAAUUGGAAUACAAGGUCAGAGUCCUGCCCUUUUUGUCGAGGUAGCUUAAAAAGAGUGAACUCUGAAGACCUAUGGGUGCUAACUUGUGACAAUGAUGUGGUUGAUACGAAAACAAUCUCCAAGGAAGAUUUGUUGCGGUUCUACCUCUAUAUCAAUAGCUUGCCGAAAAACUAUCCAGAUGCUCUUUUCUUAGUAUAUUAUGAAUAUCUAAUGUGAAGUGGGGUAGAUGAAAGAAGAGACAUGUACAGAUUACAAAAGCCGACCUUCAAAUGUAAAUAGAGUCUGGUAAGCACAAUUGUUUCUGAUUAUUAGACAAAAUAAAUCAAUCUUAUUUCAUAGUUGUCUGAGCUUCUGAGUACAUUGCCCAAAUACUUAAUAUCAAAGCUCUAAUUUAUAGAAUGAUAUUUUUCCGUCAUCUUAAA